AUGUCUGUCAGUCAGCCACCACAUUUCGGUUCUCCAGAAUGGGAUCCGGUGAGACACAAUAGUGAUCCAAAUUUCCUGUUUCCACCAAGGUAACACUUCUGUUCUAGGAUACACACUAUUGUGCUUUAUGCAACAAGAAAGCCACCGCCAGAUGCCCGGAUUGUAAGACGGCUUAUUACUGCUCAACGUCAUGUCAAAAGGCAGAUUUCCAAUAUCACAAGUCUUGCUGUACGUUGAUUUGCCAAUUCACCAGUGCUCAUCCUCGACCGACUCACCUCCAUCACCUGGUCAUAAAAUUUCCAGUAGAUCAAAAAUCGCCGGAGCUUAUGUGGUUCAGCGAUGAAAUCAUACCUGCUCUUCAGACAAAUGAUGAGUUGUUCCCCGGUAUCCCGAAUUCCUCGGAGGGAAUUCGGGUGCUAGUUGCUCAGUGGCUUCGCAGUCAAAACCCACGAGAAGAAAAGUACAUGUUGGAUCAUGAUAUGGCACUUUAUUUCCGCCCUGGAUUCCUUUUUGACGGAUCUGACCCAAACCAAUCGGUCAAAGGUUUCUUCAACUUCGAGCCGAGCCACGAUUGGCGAGGCGACCUUUAUGUAUCUCGACUUAUUGGCCGAGACAGAACCACAUUUGCAGAAUGUUACCCACAAGACUUCCAAGCUGCAGACUUGAGGGUUCUAUCAGCGUUCUUCAAAUCGUAUGGCAGACAUACCAGCGCAGCUGAAAUCAACAAAUCAAACGCUACGUAUAUUCACUCAAUCCUAUCUUUGGCCCCGGCCCAGAAACACGACAAGCAGGGACCCUUGAUGAUGCAUUCGAGGACUACCAAGGCAAAGAUGGUGUUAUUGGAAUCAACGUGA